ACAAAGCAAUUUUGUUUCCCUCUCCACAAAAAUACAAAACAUAGAAACAAAAUCCAGAAAAGGAAAAAAAUAUCCUUAAGACAGCACUUCAAAAAAGUAGGGAUUUUUGUAUUUAUGAAAAAUUUGUUCUUUUGAAUACUGAAAUCAAGUACCCAAUUCAAAACCCUAAACAACCCACCACUCCAAUUCUUAUACACAUUCAGAAAGAUUGUAUCUUUAUGUGUUUUCAGUUUCUUGAACUCAAGAUUUGACCAUUUUUGGAUUCUGCUAGUCAGGAAUAGCAAAAGAGAUACAUUUAGCUUUAAAAAUGUCAAAAGUGAGUAGAAAUCUCAGCCCAAUUUUGCGGAGAGAAUUGGCGAAUCUUGAUAAAGACGCUGAAAGUCGUAGAUCAGCAAUGCAGGCUUUGAAAUCGUAUGUGAAGGACUUGGAUUCUAAGGCUAUACCGAUCUUUCUUGCUCAAGUUUCUGAAACCAAAGAAACCGGUUCUUUGUCCGGAGAAUACACCAUUUCGCUGUAUGAAGUUCUUGCCCGUGUCCAUGGAGUUAAAAUCGUUGCUCAGUUAGAUAGCAUCAUGGCUACUGUUAUCAAGACCUUAGAGUCAAGUGGAGGUUCUUUUCCACUGCAACAAGCAUGUUCAAAAGUAGUGCCAGCAAUUGCAAGAUAUGGAAUUGACCCUACAAGCCCUGAGGACAAGAAGAGGCAGAUAAUUCACUCUCUCUGUAAGCCUCUUUCAGAAGUUCUCUUUGGCUCACAGGAAAGCCUUGCGUCUGGGGCUGCCCUUUGCUUAAAGGCACUUGUGGACUCGGAUAAUUGGCGAUUUGCUUCAGAUGAGAUGGUGAAUAGGGUUUGUCAGAAUGUAACUGUUGCUUUAGAGAAUAAGUCCACGCAGACUAAUUCACACAUGGGCUUGGUAAUGGCUUUGGCCAAGCAUAAUGCUUUAAUAGUUGAAGCAUAUGCAAGAUUGUUGAUACAAUCUGGAUUACGCAUUUUGAAUGCUGAUGCUGCAGAGGGUAACUCUCAAAAACGUUUGUCUGCCAUUCACAUGAUUAAUUUUUUAAUGAAAUGUUUAGAUCCUAGAAGCAUAGUUUCCGAGGUUGACCGGAUAAUUGAGGAAAUGGAGAAGUGCCAAUCAAAUCAGAUGGCUUAUGUGAGUGGGGCUGCUUUUGAGGCUUUGCAAACUGCUAAGAAAAUUUCAACUGAUGAAGGAUCAAAAUAUGAAAAGAGUCCGGUUUCAGCUACUGGAUCAAACUUUGGUAGAAGAGAAAAUAGAGGAAGGGGAGUUUUAUCUAGUUCUGGAAGUUCUUCUCGAACAAUUUCUCCUGAAUCGCAGACACUUGAUUCCUUUAUUGAAUAUGACUCUUUGGCCGAGUCACCUAUUUCAAGUACUCAGAUUUCUCCAAGUAUGGAGUAUGACCGAAGGAGUGUGAAUCGAAAACUAUGGAGUUACGAGAAUGGAGGGGUGGACGUUUCUCUCAGAGAUGGUUUAUUUUCAGAAUUGGCUAACGGAAGUCCCAUCCAUGAUGCAUUUUCUGGAGAUUCUGGACAUCAUGAACUUAGCAAGAAUAGUGGAGACUUUUCAGGGUUCUUACCCCGAACUCCAAGAAAUGGACUCAGAAGUGCCACUCCCAGUCCUCAGAGAUCACGCUCUCAUUUAAAUGCUGACAACAUUAGCAUCUUCACAACACCAAGAAGGCUUAUACGCUCUCUUCAGGAGCCUAAUGAUGUAGACUCUGAUUUCUCUGAGAAAGAAAGUAGAAGGUUUAGAAGUCCAUGUUCAAGGAAUUUUAUCUAUAGUCCAAAUAUGAAGUUCAACAGAAAUGGCUUCCAGCACAAUGCAGGUUGUGAGGAUGAAGAGAAUAGAAACUCAUAUGCUGGUGGUGAGCAAUUUCAAGAUACCUCUGAAUCAGUAUCAUCAACUGAUGAUAUUCCUGUCAAUGCCCACGUGCAAGUUUCUCCUGAAAUUAGCAACGGAAACAAAGAUGCUGCGUUAAGGUUUUGCAGUGGAAAGAAUCGUUGGAAGAAUUCUUACAGGUUAAUCAUCGGCUUCUUCUUCGCUCUUCUUGUGAUUUUUUCGUCAUUACUAUGGAUUGAUGGACAGGAUCAAGGUAGAUAUCUUGUUCCGACUUAAGACUUCCAUCGUUGUAUCAAGAACCAGUUAGGAUACUGCAAUAGGUCACUGUUAAAAUUCUAUGUUCUUUUGUCUGUACAAUAUUUAGUCAGCUCUUUCAACCUUUAAGUUGGUGGAACUCAGUAAUUGCUCCUUCUACGAGGUGUUUGAAUGUAAUCUUAGAUGUUUCGCUCGAUUAUGAUUAUUAUUCUUCAUUUAGCAUUCGAUAAA